GUAUUUGGAGUUGUGAUGUCUGAGGGGAGGGCUGGAUUAGUAAAAGCGGUGGUCCGGAGAGAGACACAAGGAGUCGGGUUUCAGUUUUGCGAGGGCCCCUUGAGUCAAACGCACUGAAGCUGCCUUUGUUUGACUGGGAACCAGAAAAAGAGAGCAAGAGAGAGGAGGAGAGUGAGGGGCUUUUAGUUAGGAGUGAGUGAGCGAAAGAGCCAGAGUGAGCUCCAUCUCCCUCUCUCUCUCUCUGUCUCUGUCUCUCUCUCUCUCUCUCUCUCUCUCUCUCUCUCUCUCUCUCUCUCUCUCUUACCAAGGCUGUCACACAAGAACGGGACAACUUUAGUUUGGAUCUAAGCUUACCAUCACUGAAGAUGACUUCCCGCAUUCCUCCCUGGCUCUUUGGAUUACUUCUACUAGUGCUCCGGUUCUGCUGCCGUCGCUCCUCUGCUCAGCUGUUGGACGUCCGUGGUCCUCAGGGAGCCUUGGACCUGACAGAGUUGAUCGGCGUUCCCCUUCCUCCUUCCGUCUCCUUUGUAACGGGUUUCGAGGGUUACCCCGCCUACAGCUUCGGCCCGGACGCCAACGUGGGCCGCCUCACAAAGUCAUUCAUCCCCGACCCGUUCUACUAUGACUUUGCCGUCACGGUCACUGCUAAACCUACCACGCGGCGCGGCGGUGUCCUGUUUGCCAUCACAGAUGCCUACCAAAAGGUUGUGCACUUAGGUAUAGCGUUGUCCGAGGUAGAGGAUGGUUCCCAGAGAGUCAUAUUGUACUACACCGACCCAGGAACAACAGGGGGGACCCAGGAAGCAGCUUCCUUCAAAAUGGGAGACCUGACGGGAAGAUGGGCGAGGUUUACCCUGACCGUGCAGGGGACAGAGGUGCGUCUCUACAUGGACUGUGAGGAAUACCACCGAGUUGCCUUCACCAGGAGCCUGCAGCCUCUGACGUUCGAGGCCAGCUCGGGGAUCUUCGUAGGGAACGCUGGGGGUACGGGCCUGGCGAGGUUUGUGGGCUCCAUCCAGCAGCUGGUGCUGAAGUCAGAUCCCACGGCCCCAGAUGACCAGUGUGAGGAGGACGAUCCUUAUGCCUCUGGAUACGGAAGCGGUGAUGAUGCUUACGAAGACAUAGAGGGAAUAGACGAAGUGAAGAAGAUUGUGGAGGAGAGAGAGUACACCAUGCCCAUCCCAGAGCUGGACCCCACUUACAGCAGCCCAGUCCGAGCUCCGCCCACUGAGAUGUCGCUGGGCGAUGAUGAGGACAAUGAUGAAGACAUAGAGGAGACUUCUGGACAGGAUGUUGAGAUGACCACAAUAAGAGUGAAAUCAUUUCAGACAGGUACUCCGGACCCCGUAUUUGACUCUUCCCUCCAGGUGUCUCCGGGACAGAAAGGGGAGCCAGGUGAGCCAGGUCCAGCCGGUCCCCCAGGGCCACCCGGUCCCCCAGGACAAGCCUCAGGAGAGGGGGUGGGAGGGGAGCCGGGACCCCGGGGUCCACAAGGACCACACGGACCUUCAGGCCCACCUGGAGUUCCUGGGAAAGAUGGACAUUCUGGAAGCAAAGGUGAAACUGGUGCUCCAGGCGCAACUGGGAUUCCAGGAUUCCCAGGAUUACAGGGAGAGCCUGGUCCUAUGGGUGAAAAGGGUGAUCCUGGUGUUGGACUACCAGGUCCUCCAGGCCCUCCUGGAAUUCCAGGUCGACAAAUCAAGUCUUCCAUGUUCCUGGAGGGGUCAGGAUUUGAAGACUUUGACAGUGAUGCAGAGAUUAUUAGGGGGCCUCCAGGGCCGCCUGGCCUCCCGGGACAGCCAGGGCCCCCAGGAACCCCAUCUGAGGACAUCUUUCCUGGACCACCUGGGGCCCGUGGGAAAGAUGGGAAGGAUGGAGAGAAGGGUGAACCUGGACUGCCUGGAGUUGAUGGAAAAGAUGGGGAUCCAGGACCUGCUGGGGAGAAAGGAGACAAGGGAGAGUCUGGUGUCAGCGGGCAACCAGGAGCAAAGGGAGAUCAGGGCCCUGCAGGGUUUCCAGGCCUACCAGGCUCAGAGGGUCCAGAAGGGCAGCCUGGUCCCAGGGGGCCAGCCGGCCCCCCUGGGCCUCCAGGUCCCCCUGGGAGAGGCUACACCAUGGACUUUGAGGACUUGGAAGGCUCUGGGAUGCAGAAUGGUUUAGGAGCUGCGCUCUCCAGAGGCCCACAGGGUCCUCCAGGAAUCCCUGGACUUGAAGGACCAAAGGGUAAAGAUGGUUUAGACGGCUCCACAGGAAAGCCAGGGCAAAAGGGGGAGGCAGGUGCUCCAGGACCAACAGGGAUUCCAGGACUGGAGGGACUAAAAGGGGAAGAGGGACCAAAGGGGAACAGUGGAGAGCCAGGACAGAAGGGAGAGAGGGGCAGGGACGGGCUCAGUCUGCCCGGCCCUCCAGGACCACCUGGACCACCAGGAUCCCUUACCAACCUCCAGGAUCUUCUACUUAACGAUACAGAUGGUGCCUUGAACUUCUCAGGGAUUUUUGACGCUCAGGGAUCCGCUGGACCACAGGGUCCAAAGGGUGACAUGGGGUUGCCAGGAGUUCAAGGACAUCCAGGACUGAAAGGUGAAAGGGGUGAGCCAGGAUUUAUCAUCGCUGCAGAUGGAUCCAUGACGUCAGGCCUGGCUGUUCCAGUGGGACCCAAAGGAGACAAGGGAGAUAAUGGUGUACCCGGAGCCGCUGGAAUUCCGGGGCCUAUCGGACCACCAGGACCCAAAGGAGAAUUUGGUUUUCCUGGAAGGCCUGGUCGUCCAGGCCUGAUGGGACUAAAAGGAGAGAGGGGGGACUCUGCAGGCCUGCCGGGACGUCCUGGCCGUCCUGGGCUGCCGGGCCUCCCAGGAAUAUUCAACUGCCCCAAAGGAACCGUGUUCCCCAUCCCUCCCAGACCCCACUGCAAAAUGCCCGUUCGAAAAUAUUCCUGCAUGCUGCAUGUCCAGUCUGGAAAGGUGAAGGCCUACUGCCUAUACAAAGAUGAGCUUAAUACCAAUGGAACCAUUGCAGCGGGUAACUGUCAGACGGGACUAAAAGGAGAAAAGGGAGAUAGAGGCCUUCCUGGGAUACCGGCGCCACCAAACACAUUUUUUCGUAGUGGAGACUGGGUUGUAACUGGUGACGUGGGCAUUAAAGGCGAGAAGGGAAACAAGGGGGAGGCAGGGUUUCCCGGGCAAUCAGGUAUCCCUGGGAGACCAGGACUUGUGGGACCCAAAGGAGAGUCUGUCGUUGGUCCACCAGGCCACCCUGGGGUGCCAGGUUCACCAGGUAUCCCAGGCUAUGGCAGAGCAGGACCGGUCGGCCCUCCUGGGCCACCCGGGCCUCCGGGACCCUCUGUGUCAACGCCAAGAUAUGGCUCAGCUUUGACCAUUGCCGGCCCCCCUGGACCUCCUGGACCCGCUGGACCUCCUGGAGCUUCGGGUAACGCAGCAUCUCUGAAAACAUUUGCGAGCCGUGAGAGCAUGAUGCAGCACACCGUCAGGGAUGCAGAAGGAACUCUGGCGUACGUCACAGCCACAGGAAGUCUCUUCCUAAAAGUCUCCCAGGGAUGGAAAGAGAUACAGCUUGGCAGUCUGAUCUACCUCUCCAAUAACAUUAUCCCGCAAGAUGAGCCCCGAGUUGCAUACCAGAUAAGAGGUGACCUGAUGGAAAGAAUAAUUUCAGUUAAAGAAAGGCUCAACCUGGUGGCUUUGAACCAGCCCCACUCAGGCGACAUGAUGGGGCUCGACGUAGCCGACCGGAUGUGUUAUGAACAAGCCAAGGCAAUGGGUUUGGCUCCAAACUAUCGCGCCUUCAUUUCUUCCCAAAGGCAAGACCUGGUCCAUGUGGUCUAUCCUGGUUUCAGGGAAACUCUGCCCGUUACCAACCUCAGGGGAGAUGUGAUGUUUAGGAACUGGCGGUCAAUUUUCAAUGGCGACGGGGGACCAUGGGAUGCCAGGAUACCUAUCUACUCCUUUGACGGACGGGAUGUUUUAGCUGACCCCUUCUGGCCUCAGAAGAGUAUCUGGCACGGCUCCACCAGCAGGGGUUUCCGAGUGGUGGACAAGCACUGUGAGACGUGGCGAGCGGACCACAUGUCUGUCAUGGGCCAGUCAUCGAGCCUGAUCUCAGGUCUGCUCCUGGGCCAGCACACGCGGAGCUGUUCCAACCAGUACAUCAUUCUUUGCAUCGAGACCCACAAAAACUCUUAAGUCCUCCGCCCCAUACCACUCCACGAAGGAGCCCACCCCAGCCACUGUAAACGUUAGAUUUGAGUGUCUUUCUUAAAAAAAGGACGUUGUUUUCAGCCCAUCUUUGGUGCUACAGUAGGUGUAGCAUUUUGUAGUUUUUAAAACCGAGGACCACAUUUAACACUCUGUGUUCUUUCUGAGUAGCGAGAAGAUUAUUAAGUGGCAGUAACAAACUCUUGACCACAGCCAAGAUAUAAUCUGUGAGGGUAAACUAACGUCAAGGUUGAUGCUACGCUGUGGAACUGGAAUCAUUUUGUGGAUUGCGUGCAAUCCAAAUUUGCACCUUAAAGGAACGCCCCUUAGUGUUCUGCAGCAAUCCAGAAGAUUUCUCCUUAUAUUCAACCUGGUGGCACAUAAUGUUAAAUGCAACACAGAGGCUGAUGGAGGCUGCCAGUCUUCUUCUGUACCUAUUAAUGGCAAUAAUGCUAACAUCUCAAAGAGAAUGUGGUAAUGAUUUAUUAACGUUAAAAUGAUACACGCAGCACCUUUUAACCUUUUUUUCAAAGGAAGUGGACUCAUUUGCAACAAAAGAAUCACAAAUGACUUUUCCUAACAUAGUCACCGAGGUGUGCUGAGAAUAAGACGUCUCUUUUUUAAAGUUUAUCGUCUAGUUGUGAUUUCAAGAGAGUGAGGAUGCAGCGGCUGCAGGAAUCUGCACCUAUCCUUUUUUUUUUUUUUUUUUUUUUUUACAAAUGAUAGAUUUCCAAAGACUUUUGUGAUGGAAACAUAAAGCUACUUUGUUUACAGGUUGUCAUGGAAAAUCUUUAGACAUUUGUUUCCAUAACUUACCUUGUCCCUCGUCCAACAGUGGGAAGACCAGACAGCCAGUGUUGCCAACAAAGUCAUUUUUGAUGCACUGUACUUUAUUUUAAAAAUAUUUUCUAAUUCAAUAAUUUCAUCCUUGAGCGUGUUGUUUGUGUUGUAGCUUUUCAUACAUCUUCGUGAUCUCACACCUUAGUAGCUCUUUCUCUCAAUAGACUAUUUAAUUUAAAUUCAAUGAUUUAUUUAUACCGUCACAGACAGUACAUAACAUGAAAUCAGAUGAUUCAAUUUAAGAAUGUAAUUUAUCGUUUGUUGUUUGUCCAAUGACUGUUUCUUCUCACUUUUUGCCUCUUUUCUAUUUUUUGUACAGUUUUUUUUAAUGUUUCAAAAUUUUUGGAGGAUGUUGACAACAGUUAAAACAGCGUUAGAGAUACAAUUGAAACAAAUUCAAUAUUUUCAUGCUGAAAAAGAAAUUCCAAGGGGAAAAGUCACAUGUUUCUGUAUAAAUAUUGGUGCUUUGUUGAAUAAAGUUUUCUCUUUUCAUAAA